CCCAUUUAGUAUUCACUAAUCUAUGCGCGUCGCUUUCUCUCUCCAUUCUUUCUCCAUACUUAAACACCACACCAUCUUCAUUUCUUCUCCUUCUUGUGUCCCUUCAACACAUUUUCUCUCUUCUCAUCAAAAUCUCUCUUGGGUUUCUGAUUUUAUUUAUUGGCUAUGGCUGGUGGUGAAGUUUUGAGGCAGAAUUUACCUGAGAAGCUUGAGGAAUCUCCUUCUGGUGCAAAUGAGCUUCAUGUUUUAGCUGUUGAUGAUAGUCUUGUGGAUAGAAAGGUCAUUGAACGCUUGCUCAAGAUAUCUUCUUGCAAAGUGACAGUGGUGGAGAGUGGAACUAGAGCUCUUCAGUAUUUGGGGUUGGAUGGGGAUAAGAAAAGCUCCAUUGGAUUUGAUAGUGUGAAGGUUAAUUUGAUAAUGACUGAUUAUUCGAUGCCGGGGAUGACUGGUUAUGAUCUUCUCAAGAAAAUCAAGCAGGAAUCGUCUGUUUUUAGAGAGAUUCCAGUGGUGAUCAUGUCAUCGGAGAAUAUCUUGACUAGAAUUGAUAGAUGCUUGGAGGAAGGAGCAGAGGACUUUCUAUUAAAGCCGGUGAAGUUAUCCGAUGUAAGACGCUUAAAAGAUUUCAUCAUGAAGGGUGAAGUGAAGGAAGGAGAGAAAAGAUGCUGCAAAAGAUCGCGAUCCGAAGAUUGCAGCCCAUCGCCGAUGACUCAUCCCUGCGAUUCAUCGCUAUUGUCAUCGUUGUCUUCGUCUUCAGUACUUUCACCAUUGUCACCAUCUACCUUGUCCUCCAAGAAAUCCAGAUUGUGAUAAAAUAUAAAGUAGCAUCCUAAAUGUAUGCACACAAGUUUUUGCUACACCAAUGUUCAAAUAGAACCUUUGUCGUGUAUCUUGUAUUUGUUCUAUCCCCUGUACUAUUGCUUAUAGUAUGUACAUGGAUUAAGAAUGAAAAAAGAGAAAAAGAAAAUUGAGUAAAAUCAGAAUCACUGAUUCUUUUGCCCCAA